CACGCCUCUGCCAGCGCGACGCUUGUGACGUCAGAUAACAAAGAUGGCGGCGGCAAACAGCAACUACUGGGAAGAUUUGCGGAAACAAGCCAGACAGUUAGAGAAUGAGCUCGACCUGAAGCUGGUGUCCUUCAGCAAACUGUGCACCAGCUACAGCAGCUCUCGUGAUGGCCGCAGAGGAGACAGUUCUGACACAACACCACUCCUUAACAACUCCACCCAAGACAGAAUGUUUGAGACGAUGUCGGUUGAGAUUGAGCAGCUUCUUGCAAAGCUUACGGGAAUAAACGAUAAGAUGGCAGAGUACACUAGCACACCGGGUGUGACCUCUCUUAAUGCUGCACUAAUGCACACACUGCAGAGGCACAGAGACAUUUUGCAGGACUACACACACGAGUUUCACAAAACCAAAUCCAACUUUUUAGCCGUCCGAGAAAGAGAGGAUCUCCUUGGAUCCGUCAGGAAAGACAUCGAGACGUACAAGAGUGGCUCAGGAGUGAACAACAGGCGGACAGAACUUUUUCUUAAAGAACAUGAACACCUAAGAAACUCGGAUCGACUCAUCGAAGACACAAUAAGUAUCGCCAUGGCAACCAAGGAAAAUAUGACCUCCCAGCGAGGCAUGCUAAAGUCUAUACAGAGCAGGGUCAACACUCUGGCCAAUCGAUUUCCUGCCAUCAAUAGCCUCAUCCAGCGAAUCAACUUAAGGAAGAGAAGAGACUCGUUAAUUCUGGGUGGAGUUAUUGGCGUCUGCACCAUCCUUCUGUUGCUUUAUGCAUUUCACUGAUUGACGAAGGAUCUGAUGGCAUUUUGGGCUGUUCUGCGAGCAGUGGCACGACUUGGAGAAUAUGUCCAGCAAAUGGGACCCUGGAGGCUGCUAAGCAGACUCCCACUUGGCCUAAUCAAAUAACAGAAUUGAUUGUGGCCAGCAUGGACUACCUUACUUGUAUCUAGCACUGGGUUGGAUGUGGCUCUUACAGCAUUUUUUUUUCCUUCUUAACACAAACAUGCUCUUCUGAUCACAAUGAAAUGGAGACCAAAUAAUAAGACCAGAACAUUUUUUUUUGGUUUUAAAGAGCAGCCUGUAAUACUUAUACUGGCUUUAAAAAAAAAAAAGAAAGAAAAGAAGUCUCUCUGUGACACAGCACCGUGAAAUUGUGCCGUCACUGUUGAUUAUUGGGGUAAAGAGGAUUUUAAUGUGAUGGUCCUUUUAGUGAAGGGGAUGUUCAUCAUGUUAUGUACCAUGUGAUUUAAUAAAUUAUUCAUACACAAUAUUAAAAAGUGAAAAUGUGGGUAGUUUUUUAUUUUAAUUUUAUUUUUUUUAAUUCUGCAGACAGGUUGUUUGGGCUCACGGCCAGUGGUGACAAUGAAAAUUUGCAUCAUAGUGCAUAGAGAUGUGAUUAACCUCCUACCUCUAUGAUUUUGCUGCCAGCACAAAAUGAAAUAUUAGAAAAAUAAAGAGAUGCGGAAUCAUCUGUUCAAGCCUGCGGUUCGUCUACUGUAGCUUAACAUCAACUGAGCCGGAAGAUGACGGAGAGGCAAUGUUUAAUAGAGCAGCUCCUGAAAAAAGGUUCAGGCAAAUGAAGCAAGGCUCCAAUACUCCUAAUCAGGAUUC